GAAAAUCUGAAAAUGUCUGUUUAUAGUUUCGCGGGAAAUGUUUUAAUAAGAUGCUUUCGUUAAAAACAGUGCUAAGGUAUAAUUUUAACUUUAUACCCGGAGAAAACACGUAAAUGUAACAUAAUAUGAGAACCCACAACAUUGUAGUUGGUUCACUAAAAGACUUUAAAGUGAUUUCACGACAACCAUUUACUGAUUGUGCUAAUGUAAACAUGUCUCAUUGUAAUGAAAUAUCUAAAGAAAAAGUGGUUGGAAUGAAAACCAGGUUGAACAAAAGCAAAGAAAACAAACCAGGAGCAAAUGAAAAACCAUCAUCUGAGAAACAGCCACUGAAGCGAAUUAUUAGAAAUAAACUAAAAAAUGUUAACCCUGAUGAUAGUACGACGGUUUGUAUGCAUGAUUUUGGUAAUAAAAAUCGAGUAAAGAAGACUGAGUUACUUAAAUCUGGCAAAACUAAAAAUUCAGUAAAUGAUAUUAACCAAAUAGGUCAUGACUUAGGUGUGGAUGAGGCCAACAUACUUAAAUCAAAAGGAAUUGAAUCUGAUUCAAGCCAAAAUAAUCAGGAAAAUGUUCCAACAAUUAAAGAACAGUCUGAUACUAAAAGGAAAAAGGAAAUAAAAGUUAAAAAUAGUACAAAAUUUACUGAAAUUGCAGGUAAGCCUCUUAACAAAGAUAAAAGGGAAUGUAAAAAGAAUUUAUUUGUACAUUUAAAAAAUAAUACACCAACUAGUACAAGUAAAGAGUUAGAACAUUUAGACCAUACUGUAAUAGGAGAAAACGCAGAAAUGCCAAAUACACAAAAGGAAGGUAAGAUUCUAGUUGUUAAUUUAAUAAAUAUUACACCAAAUAGAAAGAGUAAAGAGGCAGAUAAAUCACUUAGAAAAGAUGACACAAACAUAUCAAGUAAAGAACAAGGGAAAACUAAGAAUUUAGUUGUUCAUUUAACAAAUAUUACACCAAAUAAGGUAAAUAAAAAGAAUAAAGUGGCAGCUGGAGCAAUUGACACAGAAAUAUCAAAUAAACAACAAAUGGAAUUUAAAAAUCCUUCAUACAACAUACCAGGUAAAAAAACAGAUCUGAGUAAAACUGCAUCAAGUGACAAACUUUUGGUGCAGAAUAUCACCAGUAGAGAAAGUGUACCAUUAGCUAAAAGACUAAGAAAAGGCAUCAACAAGCAUUACAUAGAAGAAUCUUUUGAAGACUCUACUUUAAUCAGUCAAACUGUGCAAAAUGUAUCAAUUAUCUCAAAACCUAAAGUACCUGUAUAUAAGCAACCUGUACCUGUUCUUAAUAAACCUGUCAAGGAUCCCUACGAAUUUGACAUAGUUGAUACAGACCAAGAAAUGCCUAGAAAGAAGAAAAAUUUGAAUGAUUCUGGGAAGUUUAAUAAAACCAUGCACAGCUUUUUGCAGAAAAUCGAGAGAAAAGAGAAGAAAAUGGCAAAAAAGAAGCCAAAACCAGUUGCUUCUUACGAUCAUAAUAUUCAGAAUGUGUUGAAGAGAGUUAUGAAAAAAGUAAAUGAACAAAAAAGUCCUCCAACCAUGCCAAUUCCUAAAACAAAUUAUCCUAAAAUGAAACCAGCAGCAAUGGAAAAAGUUCAGGUACUACAAGAGAUUGUCAUCUCCCCAAAUAGUGUAGAAAUAGAUAACUCCAAAAGUGGAAGUGUUGUGCAAAAGACAGUUAAUGAUUCGACUAUAAACUUUGUAAAUAUAAGUGAUGAUUUUGAAGAUGGAUUUAGAGGUUUUGAUAAUAGUAUUUCACAAAAAAGGGAGUCUGACAUAGAAGACGGUUUUAAAGGUUUUGAUAGAUCUGAAAUUCAUGUUUUAGAUGGUAACUCCCUUAAAGAUGAAUAUUUUGCAGCUUUAAACAAUUCCUCUGUUGCGUCAUUAUCAGAAAAAAGUAUAUUUAGAGAAGAAGCUUUUAGAAAAAUGAUGUUAAGUUCAAUAAUAUCACAUACUUCCUUCAAUAGUACAAUAAACCAGCAACAAAAGACAGUGGGAGACAGAAAUGUAACUUCUUUGGAGGCUAAUCCAAUAGAGAACACCAGGAACUUGCACAGAGAAUUUGUAGAUCACAUUCCAAUGAUUUCAGAUGACACUUGCCAUGAUACUUAUAAUAAUACAGAUUUUGAGCACAGUUGGAGUGAUGAAAGUGAAGAAGAAGAUGACCCAUUCUUUGGUUUUCAAGAAGUUAGUGAAACUUCCCCAGAAAAACCCUUAAGGUUGAGUAAUAGAAGGAAACAACAGCCUUGGAGACUUCCAGGGAUAUUUAAACGCAAUCCAUACCUCCUGAAGAUAAAACAGAAUGGUCUUCCUUGUGGCCAACAAGAAAUGGUGAUUGAUUAUGAAUUUGUAAAGAGAAUAGAGGCACUAUCAGCUAACAAACGCCCAGAACCAGCUCCAAAGCCUCCAGUUCAAACUAGCAUGCUAGAUUUUAUAGAUAGUACCAAUGAACAUUUGGAGAGACCUUUAGAGCCCAGUUUGUUUGAUUAUGAGGAAUUUAACAUUGCCAAACCAAGAAGAGUAUUAGGGGUGCUACAGCAACAUCAAAUUUCUACUCCUAAAAAGAAUGUGGAGACUGUGCUAGCAUCCCCUGAUCUUUCAGUUAUUUCCAAGCCGCAAAAUAUGCCCAUAUCUACUCCUAAAUGGGGCAAACAACCAGUGAUGGCUUCUCCUAAUAUAUCUAUUAUUGAUAAAGAAAAUGAUCAAGAAAAAGUACAUGUCAGACCUCUACAAAGAAGCUAUAGAAGAGUAAUGCUAGAGAAGAAAUUAGAAAAGAAAAGUGAUGAAGAUGAAUCUCCAAAAAAUAAAGAUGAUCAAGGUUUAGAAAACGCUUUACCUUCCAUACUUGAUAACAGCUAUGAAGAAAUCCCAGAUGCUGAUAUUCAUUUGUUUGAAGAUGUGGAACAAGAUAAUGGUGUAGAUUUCAGCAUCGAACUGCCAACUAUGAAAUAUCAAAGGAAAAAGAGGAAUAAACAAGAAUGUGAUGGUUUUGACGCUGAGGAAGAGAAAAUAGCUAAGAAAAAGAAGAAAAAUAUGAUGACAAAAUCUGAGGAAGCUGAAUUCAAUGCAUGGGCUGCCAAAAUUAACGCCCGUUUUGAAGAGGAAGACAAACAUGAAUUAACAAUAGAGUAGAAAAUCUAUUGCCAGUGAUUUAACGAACAAAGACAACCAAGUAUUAUACCAGUGCCAUGGGGAACUUUUUGCCUAUAUUUUUUACAAAUUAUUUUACAUUAAUAUUGCAUGUUUAAAAAAUUCAGCUCGUAGGUAUUACAAAUUUUACGUUAUUGAUCUGCCAUAUUGUCUAGUAUGUUUAC